AUGAAGCUCAUCUUUGGUUUGCUCACUUGCGUUCUAAUCAUAGUCCAUGCUGUCCUCGCUCAAUCUGAAGCUGCCUUCACCGCCCACAACGGAACAAUCUCGCCAUUUCCGCUCGCUGAUGAUCUUCUUACAUUCAACAUUGGCAUUUUCGACCCGGUAUGCGGCCUGACAUACGAGGUGAAUAUCAGUGUCCAAAACCGCGGGGAUGCGUCCAAGACUAGCGACAACUGCAAUCUUCUCUACGACUACAUCACGAAUACAACCAGCAACGGGGAGUCAUCGAAGGAUGUCAAUGUAGUCUACACGUGUCCUGGCACUCCGGAGCCAACAGACCCAGAGGGCUAUGGUUCUCUCGAUAUCAAAUUUAUUCUCAACUGCCCUUCCGAUUUUGCAGAGGAUCAGACCCAGGAACCGGCUACCUUACAGCUCCUCAAUAUCCACGACGCUACCGACCUCACAGUGCCUGUCUCGAUUGGCUACGAAGUCUAUUCGAACUCAGCAAUCAUCUGGCAAUUCAUCAACUGCCCAUGA